AUAUACAGAGGUUAAUCGCUAGCAAACUGGAGCAAUCCAAGGUUAAAAAGGAGGUAGUGGUAGAGUCAUCAUCAAGAUCAUCUCAACCACUACCUUCUCCUUCAAGACCGCCGUUUCCAAAGUUUUUGGUAUCUCCAGCUACAACCAAUGAAGCACCAUCACCUAUUGCACCACCAACACCACCGCCUCCUCCGCCACCACCACCACCUAGGCCUCUCGCUAAAGCAUCUCGUGCGCAGAAGUCACCUCCAGUUUCACAGCUGUUUCAGUUACUGAAAAAGCAAGAUAACACUAGACACCUUUCACCGUCUGUUAGUGGAAACAAGUCUCAGGUUAACAGUGCUCACAAUAGUAUAGUUGGAGAAAUUCAAAACCGUUCUGCUCAUCUCAUCGCUAUAAAAGCUGACAUUGAGACAAAAGGAGAUUUCAUCAAUGAUCUUAUCCAGAAAGUUCUGACCACAUGUUUUUCGGAUAUGGAAGAUGUCAUGAAGUUUGUGGCUUGGCUUGAUAAUGAACUAGCAACUCUGGCUGAUGAGCGAGCUGUGCUUAAGCAUUUCAAGUGGCCUGAGAGGAAAGCAGAUGCCUUGCAAGAGGCUGCAGUUGAGUACCGCGAGCUAAAGAAACUGGAGAAAGAGCUCUCUUCCUACUCCGAUGAUCCGAGCAUUCACUAUGGUGUUGCCCUGAAGAAAAUGGUCAACUUAUUAGACAAGUCGGAGGAAGGGGUAAGGAGGCUAGUCAGGCUACGCAGCUCGUCCAUGCGUUCUUACCAAGACUUUAAAAUCCCAGUCGAGUGGAUGCUUGACUCGGGAAUGAUAAACAAGAUCAAAAGAGCAUCGAUCAAGCUUGCUAAAACCUACAUGAAUAGAGUUGCAAACGAGCUAGAAUCAGCUCGUAACAUGGAUAGAGAGUCUACUCAAGAAGCGUUGCUUCUCCAAGGAGUCCGGUUCGCUUACAGAACGCACCAGUUUGCGGGAGGGCUCGAUCCAGAGACAUUGUGUGCAUUAGAAGAGAUAAAGCAACGUGUUCCUAGUCAUCUCCGGCUGGCACGAGGGAAUUUGGCCGGAGCUCCAUCGUAGAGAAGUACAAACAGAAGUGUAAUAAGGAAUAUAUGGCCUUUGGUUUUGGUUAUAAAAAAAUUUGUUAUUGCGUUGAUAGUAUUUGUUAAGUGAGUGAGUACAUGUUGUGUCCCACAAGCGACGUAAUAAUAAUGUUAAAUGUAUCUAAACGUGUUAUAAUGAAAUUACUCAAAAUAUUUUUUUGAGCUACAUAUACA